UGAGCUUGACUGACGACAAAUCUGCGUCAGGCCUUCGGCUCUAGCCUAAGCUUGGGCCUUAUCUUUUAGCCUAAACACUACUUCCCACUUCUCCUUUGCAAAUCUGGUUUCAGUUUCACCUCAUUUAAACGUCGCCGUUUCCGGUUGGCCCUUUUGUUUUCCUUCUUCAAUUUGUCCUCUCCUAGAAGCUUCACCAGACUACCUCCGGCUCUACAUUUCACGCACUUCCACAUUAAUUAAAAAAAAAAAAAGAAUGAGAUCCGAUGACCUGCAAAAUCAACCCGGACUCGUGAUAACCGUGACCGAAUCCGCUCGCUCGUUUCUUCUCUCAGCCUCUAACGACCCACGCCUCUCUCAAGAGCUCCGAGAACUGGCUCUCACUCUUUCCUCACGAACCACUGCACCAUACAAGCAGAUCCGAAGCAUAUGGGUCGAGUCAGAUGUUGACUCUAGGCCUGGACUGCUUUCUCUUUUCUCCGGAUCUAAUUUCGUUUUUUCCAGCCCUAAACCGAGAGAAAAGAGCGAAGAACUGAAGGAAAGAUUAAGGAAGCUUCAAGAAAUAUCAGAGAGGAAAGAGUAUCAAGAACUUGUUAAAGAUAUCACACCGGAGAAGGAUUUCAAUGAACCUUUCUCUACUUAUAAGGAUCAAAUUGGCUUUGGUUUACAUGUUGCCCUGACGAUGUUUACUGGGUAUUUGGUUGGAUAUUUUGCGUUUAGAGCAUUGUUUAAUCACAGCCCUAUCAUGAAUGCUGCUGGAGGUAUUCUUGGAUUGGUUUUCGGCAUGCUCCUUGAAACGCUUUUGUUCAUUAUUAGAACUUCGGAUCGUGAACAUAAAUCACCAUCCUCGACUUCGAGAUUGAAGAAAAAUCAAUAGAGUAGCAGCUAUGAAGAGCUGUCUACAGGCGAGUACUACUUGUCUAAGGGUCUGCGUGGACUGGCUACGAACUAUGUCAUCUCUGGAGAAGGGGCAGUGAGAUUUCAGGUAAAGAUUUUUCCUGUUUCGUGCAAGGCAUAUUGCUGUCCCUUGUGAUAUAUGGCAUCGUAUAAAGCCAUUACACGGUUUGCCAUUUGAAUCUGUAGAUUUUGUGGAGCUCCAGAUUGUGUCUCCUAGUUCGCAAUUGGCCAAGGCACAAUGGCGAGUAUAUAUAACAAUGAUAAAGCACUUGGAAGAGUAAUCGAAGGUAGCGCUUGAGGACAUGACCGCUUUUUUAAAUGGAUGUGAGUCUUUGAUAAGGCUAACAUUUGAAGUACUGGAGGGAGAGUUGUAACAUCAGGGAGUCGAUAUCUAACACCUGAAACCAGGCUUAGCUUGGCCAUUUCUAGUUUGGGGCUCACCAUUACGAGCCAUUUCUUGCAAGACACGCGACACUCACUCUUCUUAGGAAGUGAAAGUAGAGGUAAGUUAUGGUGAACAAAGGUAUCAUUGUUGUUGCAGAGCUUGAUUUUGGUCAAGGUUAAAGAGCAUUGUGUUUUGCAUGAGUUAUUGGGACCACCAGGAAUUAUGAAGAGUGGUGGGGGGCUGCGGGGGAGAUAGAAGCGUUCUUGGAGAUCAACUGAUAUCCAUGAUGAACAAACACCACUGAAUCGAAUGUUGUCAGAGAGAUUUUGUAGUAGUUUAGUAGAUCAUUUAUAUGUCAACCUGGGCUAGCCUAAGGCCACGGUCAGGCAAGCUGAAGGACGGGGGUGUGAUUUGGGCUGACCUCGGCGGCUCGGCCUGGAUGUUCAUUUCAUUUGCAAUUUACUUGUGGGUUUUAGGAUGAGAGUUUCGCCCAGGAUAUUCUUUUUAUUUGCAUCAAUUUAGUUUUUGGA